AUGGCGACAAUUCAGAUACCCAAGGCAGCCAUCAAAUCAGAGUCGAAGUCCAAGACCUCAACAACAGUGUUACUGUCCUCCAGCGCCAUCGCCGGCGGGGUAGAAGCCACAGCAACCUACCCCUUCGAAUACGCAAAAACCCGAGUGCAGCUCCAGACCGUCCCAAGCUCACACCACAACCCUUUCUCCGUCAUCUAUAACGUCGCCAGAUACGAAGGCAUCGGUACUCUCUACACAGGCUGCUCGACGCUCGUUCUCGGCACAGCGUUCAAAGUCUCCGUCCGCUUUGCAUCCUUCUCCUACUUCCGCCGCCACCUCGCCGACGAACAUGGCGCACUCACACCAGCUCGAGGCGUCCUCGCUGGAUCGCUGGCAGGCCUGACAGAAUCUGUCAUUGCAGUCACCCCCACCGAACGACUCAAAACGCUUCUGAUAUCCAAUGCAACAAACCAGAUCAAAGCAUACCGCGGAGAGCUUCACGCAUACGAAGACAUUAUCCGUACACAGAGCAUCCGCGGCCUAUACCGCGGUCUCGUACCCACGAUCCUGAAGCAAAGUAGCACUCAAGGCGUCAAGAUGGGGAGCUACAACAUCAUCCGCGAGUUCUCACGGCGACAUGACGUACCGCAGAACGAGAUGACAGCGCUUGUAACCGGCGCGUUAGCUGGUACUGUUACCGUAUACGUCACGCAGCCCUUCGACACGAUCAAGACUUGGACACAGAGUGCGCGCGGAGAGGGGACGGUUAACGCGUUCCGGACUGUAGUGCGGCAGUCCGGCUGCACGGGGCUGUGGAGUGGAAGUACCUCGCGAGUAGGCAGGCUGGCUUUUAGCAGUAGUAUCCUGUAUACGGUGUACGAGAAAGUUGCUACCGCGAUGGAUGAAGAAAGUACCUAA